AUGGCUUCACUCUUGUCCAAGUAUAAAACCUUACCCUCUUUCUUUUGCACCCUUGUUAAACACAAGCUCAGUUACCACCACUUACACUCUUUCCCAACCCCACAAGUCUCAGCGCCAUUGUUACCUGACCUUGUCAAUGAGAUAUCCCGUCUACUCAGUGACCACCGAUACCCUCACCAUGAUCUAGAACUUUCUCUCAAUCCAUUUUCUCCACAAAUUUCCACUAAUUUGGUUGAACAGGUCUUGAAGAGGUGCAAGAAUCUUGGCUUCUCAGCCCACAGAUUCUUUCUUUGGGCUAAAUCAAUUCCGGGUUUUCAGCACAGUGUUCUGAGCUUCCACAUUUUAGUGCAAAUCUUGGGAAGUUGCAAACAGUUUGCCAUACUAUGGGAUUUUCUCAUAGAAACGAGAGACUCUGGUUCAUAUGAAAUCAGCAGUGAGAUUUUCUGGCUCAUUUUCAAGACAUAUUGCCAGGCUAAUUUACCAGAUGGUGCAAUUCGGUCUUUCAAUAGAAUGGAUGAGUUUGGAGUUAAGCCAACUGUUCGUGAUUUAGAUAAGCUUUUAUACUUUUUAUGCAAAAAGAAUCAUGUAAAGCUGGCUCAACAAUUUUUUGAUAAAGCUAAGAAUCGUUUCUCAUUAACUGUUAAAACUUAUAGCAUUUUGAUUAGUGGAUGGGGUAACAUUGGUGAUUGGGAUAAAGCUCGGGAGCUGUUUGAAGCAAUGCUUGAAGAAGGGAGUCCAGUGGAUUUGCUUGCAUAUAAUAAUUUGUUGGGUGCUCUUUGCAAAGGAGGUCGUGUGAAUGAAGCUAGAAAUGUUUUUCAUGAUAUGUUGUCAAAAGGUAUUGAGCCAGAUGCUUUUACUUAUUCUAUAUUCAUUCACUCAUAUUGCAAUGCAAAUGAUGUGCAAUCGGCUUUCAGGGUUCUUGAUAAAAUGAGAAGGUACAACCUUUUGCCUAAUGUGUUUACAUACAAUUGUAUUAUAAAACGACUUUGUAAGAAUGAACAUGUGGCAGAAGCUUAUCAAUUGUUGGAUGAAAUGAUUUCAAGAGGAGUUAAACCAGAUACUUGGAGCUAUAAUGCAAUACAAGCUUACCAUUGUGAUCAUUGUGAAGUCAAUAGGGCCCUAAGGUUAAUGUUUAGAAUGGAAAAAGAUAAUUGUCUUCCUGAUCGCCAUACAUAUAACAUGGUGUUCAAAUUGUUAAUCAGGAUAGGAAGGUUUGAUAAGGUAAUUGAAGUUUGGGAGAACAUGGUGAACAAAAAUUUUUAUCCAUCUGUCUCAACAUAUUCUGUCUUGAUUCAUGGUUUUUGUAAGAAGAAGGGAAAGCUAGAGCAGGCAUGUAAGUAUUUUGAAAUGAUGAUUGAUGAAGGAAUACCACCUUAUGUUACUACCGUUGAGCUACUGAGGAAUCGGCUCUUAGGUUUAGGGCAGUUAGAUCACAUUGAAAUACUGGUUGAGAAAAUGAGGCAGAGCACUUCCUAUGCAACUCAGGAAUUGGCAAAUAUUAUGAUUGGUAAUCGAACAGCUCAUAAUACUUUGAGACAUGAUGAGACAGACAUAGAAAGUGACUGA